GGGCAGAGGGACAGCUCCAGGUCCGGAGCGGUUCUUGUUCUGGCUCUGAGGGACUAAGCAGCGGCUCUGACCUGGUUUUCAGUGGGCUUGGAAAUCCCUAGAGAGUGGGAAAGUUUAUUUUAUCUUCGGCUUCCCGGCAUUCGUCAUGUUGAGGUAGAGACCAGAAUUGUUCUGGGCCGGGGCCAUCAUGCUAAAGCGUCUCGACAGAAUCCGGUUCCGAGGCCAGAGGCGGGAUGAGUUCCUUGACCCAGCCGAGUCGCCCAACACAUCGGACACAGAAUGCAGUGAGGACGUUGUGAUGAAACCCCGCAUCUCUGUCAAAGAGGCGGAAGAGCUAAGAGAACCCGAGGGAGAGCAGCACAUUGACACCCAGGCUGGUCCUGGAUCAUUUUCUGCAGGUCUCCAAGAAGAGCCAAAGACUGAUCUGAAUGAGGUUAAAGGUCUCCUAGAAAUUGCUUUGUUAGAAAAACACUUCUUACAGGAGGAGCUGAAGAAGCUAAGGGAUGAGUCCCAUAUAGAUUCACUUAAACAGGAACUGGAGAAGGAGCGAUCCAGACGCAUUGAGCUGGAACAGAAGGUCAACGAUGCCAUAAAAUCAGGACUUGAGGAUUCACCAUCUCAGACACCUAAACCUCCAUCCCCUCAACCUUCUGUAAGCAGCAGUACAGAAAAACAGAAAGAGACUCUAUCAAACAGCUUCCUCAAAUGGCUUUAUGAUCGUUUUGGGGGUUAUAUUGAAGACUUCCGUUUCCAACCAGAGGAGACAACUGUGGAGGCAGAGGAGCCGCUUAGUGCCAGGAGGCUGACUGAAAACAUGAGACGUCUCAAACGAGGUUUCAGACCUGUGACAAACUUCAUGAGGAACCUGUCUGCUUUAUCCAGCUGGUACUCGGUGUACACGUCUGCCAUUGCCUUCAUUGUGUACAUGUAUGCAGCGUGGCAUGGCUGGGCCAUCCCCAUGUUCCUGUUCCUCGCAAUUCUCCGCCUUUCGUUAAAUCAUCUCAUUUCCAGAGGCUGGAGGAUCCAGUGGAGCAUCGUACCCGAAGUGUUUGAGCCAUUGGAACCAACAAAAGAAGACUUGACUGUAUCUGAGAAGUUCCAGCUGGUUCUGGAUGUUGCUCAGAAAGCUCAGAAUCUUUUUGGAAAGAUGGCCAACAUCCUUGAGAAGAUAAAAAAUCUGUUCAUGUGGGUCCAGCCAGAGUUGACUCAGAAGCUCUACGUGGGACUGUGGGUGGCCUUCAUCUCCUCAUGCCUAUUGCCUUACCAGCUGCUGGGCUUCAUCAUAGGUGUUUAUGCAGGUAUCAAGUUCUUCAUCAUUGACUUCAUCUUAAAAAGUUGCCCCAAGCUACGGCAGCGCUUUGACACCCCCUACAUCAUCUGGACCAAUUUACCUACCGACCUGCAGCUGAAGGAGCGCAGCAACACCACGCUGAGCAGGCGGGUUGCAACGGUGGGGAGUCGAGGGAGCGUUCCUGCUGCUGCUCCUCUAGCUGGCAGCCGAGAUGAGGACGGAGGGCGAUACUACAGCACUAAGAGAGGGGCUUUUCAUGAGGUCUUUAGCCUUCCAGAGAGUGAGCGCCCUCUGGCAGUGUGUGAGAACGGCUGGCGCUGCUGCCUCAUCAACAGAGACAGGAAGACACCUACAGACUACAUCCGUCAUGGAGUCCUUUUUGUCACAGAGAACUACCUGUGUUUCGAGAGCUCCAGCUCAAGGUCUGGAUCCUCAAAGAGGAACAAAGUCAUCAAACUGACUGAAAUCACUGAAAUCCAGAAAUACAAGGUUUUAUCAGUGUUGCCUGGUUCAGGGAUGGGAAUCUCCAUAGCAACACCUUCCACCCUAAAGCCAAUGGUGUUCGGUGCAAUGAUGCACAGAGACGAAGCAUUCGAUGCCAUCUUCUCCCAGCGAACAAAGAUGGUUGAAAAGGCUGGAGCCAGAAAUCCAGAGACAUAGGUACUAUUAGAGACCGCCUUCAACAUACUGUUGAGGAUCCAGUGUGCUGUCCUCUGUCCUGUACGUUUUACUUUUAAAGUAGUUUAUGAAACUGUGGAUUCUUAGCCUGUAAAUUCACCACUGUUGGAGGCUUGUCCAUAAGAAACAGAAGCUUUCUGUUCAGUCUGGUUCAGCAGGGCCUCAUAAUUUUGAUUGCAUACUACACAUAAAAGGUGAGUGUAGCUGAGCAAGUGGGUGAUGAUAAUACAGCAGGUGAUAAUGCUGGGGUUUUCAAAUUCAGCUUCACAAUCUCCUUUACAAGAUGGCAGCCUUACUGCAAGGCCUGGAACCAUUUCUCUCUGCAUGUUGAAACACAUGCUGUUCUUUUAAUUUAACUGCUGGUCUGAUGUUUAUAAUAUUCAGUUUCUGGUGAAAAUCUAAAUAACUAACAUUAGGGUGUGUUUUUCUUUUUUUCCGUUUUCUUUUUUUUUUAAUGGUAAAUGUUUGAAACCAUUAGGGGUUCAGACGUUUUAGUCAAUGCAAUCAGUCAUUUCUUAGGAGCUAUUGUCUAAUACUAGUUGAGCUGGUAACAACAGGCUAAAGGUUUUCUAGAACACAAGUUUUGUUUCAUCGCAAAAUUCAGAAGCAAAAUUUGUAAAAAUAAUCCCUUAAAAUGCUGGUCCUUUAAUAGCUGAACCUGAUUUAUUCUUGCUUUAACAUACACUGUCAUAGCCUUUUGCAUUAACCCUCACAACUUUGACCAGAAAAGAGCCUCGAUAAUUUUGACAUAAGGGCUAGAUCAAAUUUUCUGUUUACAGAGCUGCACAAUAAACAAUAGGUAAAAUAAGUAUUGAACACGUCAACAUUUUUCUGUAUGAAUAUAUUUCAAAUAUUUUUGUUAAAAUUCACACCAGAUUCAAUUCAAUUCAGUUUAUUUAUAUAGUGCCAUUUCACAAGAAAUGCCAUCCCAAAGCACCUUACAGUUCAGUCCAAUCACAGACAGAUUCCAAUUUAAUCCUAGAACUUAACUGCAACUUAACAUUGCAGUUAAGUUCAGUCUAAUAUUCAAAUUAGUUAAGAAGUUGAUUCAGGACUUCCAGAAGCCUGAAACUUAGAGCAAUCAGCUGUUCACCGAUUAAGUUCA